AUGAGUUUCGUUAAAAUUAUUAAUGAUGAUAGCCAUUUUCAAGCGGAGAUGGCCACUGCUGGCUCUAAAUUAGUCGUUGUCGACUUUACUGCAAGCUGGUGUGGUCCAUGCCAAAGAAUAGCUCCUGUGUUUGAUACACUAUCAACUAAAUACCCAAAAGCUCUGUUUUUAAAAGUUGAUGUGGAUAAAUGUCAGGAGACUGCUGCUAGUCAAGGGGUGUCAGCUAUGCCCACAUUUAUCUUCUUUAAAUCGAAGACUAAAAUUGAUAAAGUCAGGGGAGCUGAUCCUGUAACUCUGGAAUCUAAAAUAAAACAAUAUUAUGGAAAUGAUGAUGGGGAUGUAUGUGAUGUUGCUGGUCAUAUGGAUUUGUCAUCAUUUAUAGUUAAAACUCAAUGUGAAUGUUUCAAUGAAUCUGAUCAACACCCUUUUGCUAACACUCAGAAUACUAGUGGCUCUUAUUUAGAAUCAGAUUGUGAUGAACAGCUUAUUAUGUCUGUUUCAUUUUCUCAAUUGGUAAAAAUCCAUUCGAUAAAAAUCAGGGCACCUCAAGAGAAGGGACCGAGAAAUAUCAAACUAUUUACAAAUCAGUCGACAACACUUGAUUUUGAUCGUGCAGAAUCAGGAACUGCUGUACAGGAAUUAGAGCUAACUCCGAAUGAUCUUGAUGGCAGGCCCAUUAAUCUUCGUUUCGUGAAAUUUCAAAAUGUACACAACAUUCAACUUUUCGUCAAAGAUAAUCAAACUGGAUCGGAGACAACGGUAAUCGAAUACCUAGGAUUUAUAGGUUCACCUGUUUGUACCGUAAACAUGGGAGAUUUUAAAAGAAUCGGAGGAAAAAUGGGAGAAGGACACGAAUCGUUUCACAGUCGCUGA